CUUUGUUUUAAAAAGUAUAGAAAAGGUGAUCUCGUUACAUUUACUUCAAUAUUCCAAAAAUGUAUGUCAACAUAAUGCUUUUCAUUGUGGUGAAUUCAAAAACACAACUUUUCUGUAAAAUUACAACAGUGUUAAAAUAAGGAUUUUUAAAUAACUAUUUUUUAUGCCCCAGCCGUAGCCGAGGGGUCAUCAAGUCUUACCCCUGUCCUUCUGUACGUCCAUCCGUCUGUCCGUCUGUCCGUAUGUCUAACGUUCCAAAAUUGGUUUCCAAUCUCUAACUUUAGUUGAAGUCAGCCUCUCAUAUACACAAUGCUAACUACCACAAAACACAGAUCCAGUUUGAAUUUUGGUGGCGUCAUAUUUACCGUUCUAGAGUUAUGCCCCUUUAUAAAUGGAAAAAUUGCUAAUUUUUUUGUUUCCUUUCUCUAACUUUAGUUUGCCUCAACCAAAUGUUAUGAAACUUAUACACAAUGCUUAUUACCACAAAACACAGAUCAAGUUUGAAUUUAAGUGGGGUCACUUUUAUCAUUCUAGAGUUAUGCCCCUUUACAAAUGGUAAAAUUGCUGAAUUUUUCGUUUCCGUUCUCUUACUUUAGUUUGCCACAACCAAAUUUUAUGAAACUUAUACACAAUGCUUAAUAACACAUAACACAGAUCAAGUACAAAUUUGGGUUGCAUCACUUAUACCAUUCUUGAGUUACAUCCCUUUAUAAUGUCAUAUAUAAGCGGGGGCAUCAUCUGUGUCCCAUGGACACAUUCCCCGUCCUUCUCUAUUUAUUUUUAAAUCAAAGGGAAGUAAUUUAUUUAACACAAACCAAUUUCUGUAUUCAGAUGAUAUAUACAGAGGGGGAGAAAUAUGAUGCGAUGGAACAAUGUUAAAGAUGUCAACAUUUUAAAGAAAAGAUAAUGCAAAACACCAAUCCUCUGCCAGUAGUUAAAGAUUUGCCAUUUGAGUCUAAUGACCACGGGACAUUUAUAGAACUUGGGAAAUUCACCAAAUACUUACGAGACCAUGAAGACCAUUCAGAUACAUCUGGUAUUAGAAAAGGCAAUAUCCUUCGGCAGGUUUCAAAAUAUAAGGAUGGAAUACAAGUAAAUGAAGGGGUCGAACAGUUGCCCGUUGCAUCAGUUUUUAGAUACAUGUACCAGCAUAUGGAUGACUUCAAGAUUUGUCAAAAUUUCUGUUCUGCAGUUAUGGAAUCAGCACUUGGAAAGCAACCUACAAAAGUUCUUAGGCACAAUCUUUCUCUUUAUAAUGAUAUUAUAGGCAGCAAUUUUAGCAAUUUCCAAAAUUUAGCAACAGCUGAUAUCAACAUAAGUAACAGCGACCUAGAGUUCAUUGGUGAGGCAUAUCAAUAUAAUUUUUCUUCCAGUCAGUGGAAAAAGAUACAACUGUUUGAAUGGCAUUUCCAAAAUUACUGUAAACCUAAGUCUGGAUCAAGCUUCGAACAUAUUUUGCAGCGAAAGGAUGAUUUCUUUAACUUAUGUAAAACAUUAAAAGACGGAAGUCAACGAGUCCAACGAAUGGUUGAGAAAACAGUUGAGAUCAAUAGAUCUAGAAAGUUAUCUACAGAAGCACUUAACGGAAUACAGCUUGAGGUAGAGGGACACAAGCAUUUGCCAGACCACCUAGAACGGGAUAUUAUGACCUGUAUAAAACCAUAUAUAUCAGAAAACAUAGCCUCUGUACUAUGUGUUGACUGUUCAAACACAUGUAACCAUGUCCAUGGAAUCCAUGUCCUAGUUGAUCUGGCACAAAACCUAGAAAUUCCCUGUCUGGAUAAUAUUUGUGUCAUCAUAAGCAUAAGAGCAUUGCUGCAACGCACACAUUUUUUGAAUGCACCAGAAAUUGUAUUUCUCACCAAUUACACAUUUCGUUCAUUUAAGGAUUCCAUUCCACCAAGGUUUACAGUACGUGACCAACUGAAAAUGGGCGUUUUGAGUGAUAACAUAUAUCAUGUAUCCAGAACACACGAUGAUGAAGCAAUUGACCCUAAUGAAUUAAUACAACCAAACUUAUGUUCCUCCUGCUUUAGGGAAUACACAUACUUAACCGAUCCUUUGGAUAUCAACCAUUUUAACGUGUCCAGGGAAUGGCUGCUGCAUGUACCACUACCAGUACAGAUACAACUUGAGCAUACCUACAUUAGUAAAGAUGUGAAAAAUGCUGUCAGCAUUGAACCAGUCAAGCCAAAGAUUGCAGCUUUGUACUGUCAGUUUGAAGCUCAUUUAAAGACACUUAACCAAUCGUAUGGUGGAAUAAUACAAGACAUUUAUACAGAUGAAUUAUUAGUGAACUAUCACAACAUUUCAACUGUAUUUUCGCUGACUUCGCAUGCUGGAAUAUCACAUAGUCAGAGGACAGGAGAUAGAAGACUGAGGAAAAAUGCAGACCCUGAAAUCUGCUAUUACCGUACCUUCAUGAAAAAAUACCAACUUACAUACAGAGGGAUUGACCAAGAUGCUGAAUGCCUUCAAGAAGUUUCUAUAAAGCAAUGUCAUCUAGCAUUACUAAUGGACAACCUGGUUCACUUUACAAUGAAUGUUGAUCCACAUCCUGGACAAAGCAGAACUAAUCAGCUAUGUACACUACCAUUAACUGUUAAAGGAAUUCCCAAGAAUGCACAUCUAACAUCUUGCUGGCACACAAAUGGUUGUGAUCAGGAUCAUUUUUGCAGUUGCAUGCACGAAACAGAACUAGGAAAGGAUGAUGUCAACAAAACUUUUCUAGAACAAACACCAAAUGAGCAAGAUACCAACAACAUUUUCACAGAAAAUAUGACAUGGGGAUUUCAAAGCUUGUUUGGAGUAGAAUGUAUUAAAAGUCUCAUUGAAAUUCAGAAGUUGGCUCAAAGUACCAUACAGUCCCAGAAGAGAGACAACUCUCUUUCAAACAACAGUCAGACUGAAAUGGAAAUCAGUAUGGACGAAAUAAAUAAGACAAUGGAAUCAAUGAACAUAAGCCUAAACCAUUUUGACCCUGACGAAACCAUUCCUCUGGAAACAGAUAUCGGGACAGUAGAAACUGAUAUCGGGACAGCAUCAGAACCAGAACCUUUUGGUGACAUUUCAUUUUCUGGAUCUAUGCAGAGCAGAUUAGAGGAUUUAGACGAGUCAACAGAUAUGAAUAGCUUUUGGGAUGAACAACUCUCUUUAGAUCUUUCUGAAAUUCAAAGUAACAUAUCUACUUUAAGUCUGGAAAAUGCAGAGUUUGAACUUAUGCAUGACGAAGAAGAAGGAAAUAUCGAGGAGCUUAUCUACACAAUGAUGUCAACUGAUAAUGACAGUAUUACAGUACCUGUCAAUGACCAGUCAAGAACAGAGUGUCAACCAGUGCUUCCUGUAGCUGCCCCACCACCUUUGCUUUGUAGACACCCUCCACCAGCCUCUGCUAGGGAUGACGACAUUUUGGUAUUAAAGAAGGUUCUUGAUGACAUUCUUAUCAAAACAGAUGUCAAUGUUAAAGAAGAUAAAAUCAUCUUUGCUCCAGAUUAUAAAAUUGCAAAAAACUUGCUGAAACUUAUUGACAGCACAGAAAAAUACAAAGUUUUCAUUCCAGAGUUUCCUAUUCUCCAUCUCCGUAAAUCCAAAAUAACCAAUCUGAUAUCCGCAUAUAAAACAACUGGACUACUUCACAUUCUGAGGUACAUGAAAGAUGAAGAAAACGAAAAGGAUUGGACAAAACUACUUACCAUCGAGAACAUUGAAACGGCCACAAGAAACAUUUGGAGGUUAUCAGUUGCUCUGCAUCUUUCAUUCUUUGUGUGUUAUGUCUCUACACUCACAGAAGAAGAAGCCGGUAAGGUUAUUGAAGUUAUGGAAGAGACACCUGACCAACUAAAAAAUAUAUGUGGCGACAACUUUGAAAGGUUUUUGCAGAAAGGACAAAACCAGAAUGCAACAUUCUGUCUACAUUUAGAACUAAUGAGACACUGCGAUGAAAUUGUUGCUAUUGCUGUAUCCGAGAGGAUUGGCGGAGAAAAUGGUUACAGUCUGUUGUUGGCAAAUGUUAAAUCCUCACUUCCAUUCUCAUUUCUGAAUAAUGCAUCUAGCUAUGCUGGAUUUUGUAUCAGGCUUUUGUUGUCACAUUACAGUUGCAGUCCAUUUCAUCAGAAGUUGAAGCAUUCUUUGUACACAUCUCCACACAAUGACAGCAAGGUUAAUUUUGGCUUGGACACCAGCCGGGAAAUAGACCAUAGAACUGCAAAGAAAUGUAUAAGACCUACUUCCACCAUAAACUCAGUUUUGCCUAAGAUGUCUACAGUUGAUGACCAACGUCAAAUACAUAUAAUGAGAAUGUCUCUCCUCACAGGACUUAAAGAAGUUGAUGACACAUCUGCACAGGACAACAAAUCUGCUAAAUCAUGUGCUUCAAAAUUCAUCCAAAAACAGUUAUCAUCUAAUGACAUGGAACAUAUUAUGCGUACUGCCAAAUUGAUUAUUAAGAUGAAUGCGUUGUCACAUGCUGAACAGAAAAUUCCAAAAAACAUCUACCAUCCAUCUAAACCGGAUAUUUCCGAAACUUUAUUGGACAAGACAACAUAUGCCCUUGGCAACUUUUUGAUCAGAAGGUACCUCUGCACCAAUGGUAUAUUAGGGUUGAGUGAGGAAGACAUACCACAGAUUACUGAUAUUGAAGGUCCAAAAGUAUUAAUAAACCGUGCAAAAGCUAUGAAAAGUGUCACCAUCAAUAGGGGAAGAUGUCAAAAGAAAACUAAUAUUAAACCAGAACAUGUCAAAUUAGAAGAGAAAAGGCAACAAAAAGUGAAGAAAAUGACAAAGGAAAUCGAAUGCUUCAGUUCAAUUCAAAAUACUUGUCAAGCAGUUGUCAAACCUGACUGUUCCAAAUCUACCACAAACAAAUCACUAGGAGUAAAGAAAGCUUUGAAUACAAUAUUGAAGAAAUGCCUGACAGAUCUAGCUUCAGAACCAUCAAAUACGGACGAAAAUUUUCCAACACUCAACAAUUUACUAAUGUUCAAUUUUAAGGAUAUUCCAAAAUAUAUAUCACUCACUGCCAAAAUAGUUGUUGUUGAAUUUGCAGGAGCAAAAUUCAAAACUUUUGCAAACACAGGAGAGAAUUAUUUAAAAUAUGUAUCCUGUGGCAUCAUCAAGAAGCUCCUCAAAGAUUUACCAAGCGUCCAAAGAAUCAUUAUUUGCGAGGAAAAAUAUUCUUUCACCCCUGAUAUAUUUAAGGCUGCAACAAGACAAAAACGCCAAUCAAAAGAUCCAAUUACAAUAGCACAUUUAAAAGAGAAGGAUGAAAUUAUUAGCAAGGGCAAAUUCAGUAAAAAAGCAGCAAUAUCAACUGGGCUGGGAAAGAAAACAGUCAGCAACUACCUAGGCAAACAUUUACAUGAAUUGGAUAUCCAAGCUAAUGUAACUGUAGAUGUAGAUAGUGAGGCAGUCUAUGGACAGUGUGAAUGUGAGGACUCUAACAACUGUAGCUGUUCCCUAUUUACCAUACCAGUUCGGGCAGUAUUUACAAAACAUGCUGGGGUAUCUGGUAUACGAAAGUUGGAUGCAAUCAGGCAGCGAAAAGGAGAAGCGGAGAUGUCACAAGCUGAUUGGUUACGUGAUGUCCAACAUGACCUCCAUGAUGGUGAAUGUGUGGUGAACUAUGUUACAUCAGCAGACAUUGAUACCAUCGUAAUACAACUCUUCACUGUAAGCUUAUACUGGCCAAGAAAUGUAGACAACACGUUUAAGUUCCCUGUUUACGUAUGGCUACAAAAACAGAAGCCAGAGAUCUAUGAUAUAACAGGAAUAAUAACUGUACUCGAAAAACGAUUUGGAAACAAGUAUAUAGGUGCCACACUUGCAGUGUUAUUGUCAAUGGGAGGCAAUGACUAUUUGCCAAAUUAUCAUGGAAUUUCGCAUGAGAAACUAUUGACAACUGCAUUGUCAGAACCAGUAAUAUUGAGUUCGCUUCUCAAAUUUGUACAAAAAACCGACCCUAGAAAUGUAUUUGUUUGCACCUUGGAUAUGGAGCAGUAUGUUCAACUGUACACCAAACUUUAUUACCCCAAAAACAUUGAAUAUGGAAAGUUAUCAACUACAGAAGUCCGUCAACUAUCAGUUAAACACCCUGGAAAGUCAGAGUUCAGACACCCUCAGACAUGGAUGCCACCAGAAAGUGCUCUUCGACAACUUGGGAAGUUAGUACAAUGCCAAAUAGAUUAUCUCUUAACAACUUUUAAUCACGAGGCAAACCUUCCGAAUUUUGUGGGUUCAGGAUGUUUAAAUUUAAGACAAGAUGGAACAACCAUAUUUAACUUAGGACCUGAAUGUCACACCAGUAACAAGAACGACCUGUUGACAGUUCCAGAGGAAGUUAUUGGCAAAAAGCUGAAGGAAUACGCCAUACCGUUAAAACGAAAAACUGUUAAGAGAAUCUCUGAAGACACACCACAAAAAGGAAAAAGUGGCAAGAGACAACCUAAAAUGUCGACACCAAGGAAAAUCCAAGCCCGCAGAAGGCUUCCUGAUUCCUAAACCUUUGUGAUGUUGAUGUGAACUGUCCAUUUGGGAACAUUAUUAUAUGAACAGUCUGUGUACAUGUGUACAAAUUUAAAUAACUUUUUACCUAUGAUACACUUUGCAAUAAUUCAAUGACUUUCCGAGACGACGAGAGGAUGUCAAUACCUUUGUGCUUUUUGUAUAUGAUAGAAUUUGUGCAUUUUAAAAAUUAAGGAUAUGGUUUAUUUUCAAGUAUAAAUCACACAAAUCAUCAUACAUAUAAAAUCAAAAUAGAGAGGAUUGAACUUUUUCAUUUGAUUAAUUCAGACAGUUUAUAUCUCCACUGUCUCCUAUGUAUUUAGUUUAAAAUGCUUAAGACCAUAGUUUUUAUCAAAAUAUUUUAAAAAGUGAAAACUUCUUCAAAACACUUUACUAUACACAAGUAACUAUUUUUGAACUUUUAAUUUAAAUCAAUUUAUGAUAGAAAUAAUUAAAAAAACAAUAAAACCUGUAUAUAAAUACUCUGGACAUGUUAUUUUGCUUGAAUAUUGAAACCAUAUGUAUCUCAUCAGGUUGAUGACUUUUAAGCGUGCACACAAAUUCCAAUCGCAGCUGAUGAAGAUCAGAUUACAUGAUAUGAACUUUCACUGAGA